CGCUCAUUCGGUUGCUAUUGUGCAGUGGGACACAGAAGAUUGAACAUAUGCAAUGCAGUAUAAAGUGUGUGCUUGCAAAAAUAUAAAACACCGUUGAAACCGCCAGAUGGCAAUUUACUUUCAGUGUGCGAAUAUUGCCAGAUAUCUCAGCAGAACUUUGUGGCAGGAAAAAGGAAACUCUGAUACAUCAGACGUAUCAAAAAAGGGUCAUUUCUUACAUAGGGUGAUGUUAUCUGACUGAGGACAAUACAGUAAACUCAAGCGCUGAUAAGAAAACAACUUUUCAAUUUAUUUCUGGAGAGGGUGUCAAGCAGAAGGUAAUCUAACUUGAUGGAUUUCUUCAAAAGGAUGUUCACAUUGCAUAUCUUGCUGUCAGCAGCUGCAAAUGAUGUGAACCUGCACGUUAUACAAUCUCCGUCAUACCUCAAUGCAACGGAAGGGGACACGGUGAACAUGACUUGUCGGAUUAUUAGCUGGAAUGCAGACCUGAGAAUAGAAUGGAAUAAAGAGCUACCAGAGGGAAAGACAUCAUUGCUCACUUCCAAGUGGAACAGGACCACAUAUUACUUAAAUUACUCUGAAAGAUUGCAACAUUUUGCCAAUGAAACCGUCAGCUUGCUGACUAUCUCUCGCGUAGAAUUAAAUGACACUGGCCAAUAUAUCUGUCAAGCAAGUAUUGAGAUUCCUCCACCCGUGUUCACAAAAUAUGGCAAUGGCACUUAUCUGCAAGUACAAGUUGGCUUCAAAGAAAAUGCAAUAUCCAAUGGCAGCACAUUUGGUACAGCAACAUGGAUCUUGAUCGGCUUGUUAUCACCUUUGGCAUUAGUUAUAACAGUUCAUGUUUUUUUUCUGACCAGAAAAUUCUUCUGUCCCAGAAGAGGGAACCCGACGUAUGUCAAUGUGGAAUUUAGAAAGAAGGGAAGCAAAAACAGUCAGCCCACAGAACAGAGAAACGCAAGAUACGUCGCCUCAGGGAGAUGUGGAGACCUUAAGACACCUGCGCCUGGACUGCCGUGCACAUGGGAAGGAGAUUUGAAAUGACUCAACUUUGAUCGACCAUGGAUGAAAUGAUCUGAGAUAUUCCAAAUAAUGGAAACCAGCACAGCUUUGUAUCUGUCUAUCGAUUCGGUUCCCCGACUCCACACAAUGUCCAAACCAUUCGCUAGCUUGGGAGGACAGGAUGCGAUAACAAUUUCUCCUUUGACACUCCUCCCCUGCGUCUUGCUGCACAGGAGAUGGAGACCAGUGAGCGGAGUUCCUGAGAGACCUGUCACGUUGAGGGUCGAUGGCAGUAGCUAGGAGAGAUCGUAAUCCUGGGUUUCCAUCCCAAGAAUGGCUGCUUCCUUGGAUUAUGUGCUGUUACUUCCUGUAGAAAGGGAGUUACUGAUAAAGAGACUGCAUGUGCAUGAGCUUUCUGAAUGCAGUACAUACGCUGAGAAGGACAGAUAGUCAUAAAGUCAUAGAGUGAUACAGUGUGGAAACAGGCUCUUUGGCACAACUUGCCCACCCCGACCAACAUG